UGGCUUUACGGUUUCCUCGUGUUUUUUUACCCGGGAGGAACAAUAUCGAUGAGGAGCGAAUCUCUCCCAUGGCACGUUUUUUUCGGGCUCUUCAUUUAUAUCUUGGCUAUUGGGACUGCCUCACUCGGCUACCUCGAGAAGCUCACUUUUCUCCAAAACACGGGCCUCGAAAAAUACGGGCCUGAAGCCUUCCUCGUGAAUUUCACUGCCAUUGUCACAAUCUUAUACGGCACUUUUGUUAUAUUAACCACUUUCUCACAGGCCCAUCAAGAAGAUGAAUACAGUUACUCGGCCAUAUGA